CUCUUCAACUUCUUUGAGUCAUAUCUCAACAAAUCGGACAAAACGGACGCCGAAGAAGAGCCCGAUCUGGCGCUCAACGACCACUUCUCUCAGUUUAUGGCCAACAGAGGGCCGAAGACACCGAUGGCUAACCGAUCCGUUCGGCGGAUCUCGUGUUUCGCGGACAUCGAGAACCAAAAGGGAGUCUUAAGACAGAGUUCGCCGAAUCGUAAAUGCGAUCAAUCGAUGGACGAGUCGAUGAGUGAAGUGACGCUUCCCUGGAAUCUGAAUGAUAUGAAUGAGAAAGAAGUGAUGGAUUUGAUGAACACAUUAGAGGAAGAGGUCGCCCACAAAGAGGCCAAUUGUCCGCAAUUGAUGGCCACUUCUUUGAGAGAGAAUUUUGAUAAACAAAUGCUUUUAUUUAAUGAUGCGAUCGAAGAGUUGGAAAAGACAUUCAAUGGUAGUCUCCAAGAGAUUGGCGUCAAAUCAGCCGAAGAAAGGUCGGAUCACUCGACGCAUUCAGUCCACGACUGUGAUCUCCACAAUGAUUACGACAAUCAAAAGCUCUUCAACUUCUUUGAGUCAUAUCUCAACAAAUCGGACAAAACGGACGCCGAAGAAGAGCCCGAUCUGGCGCUCAACGACCACUUCUCUCAGUUUAUGGCCAACAGAGGGCCGAAGACACCGAUGGCUAACCGAUCCGUUCGGCGGAUCUCGUGUUUCGCGGACAUCGAGAACCAAAAGGGAGUCUUAAGACAGAGUUCGCCGAAUCGUAAAUGCGAUCAAUCGAUGGACGAGUCGAUGAGUGAAGUGACGCUUCCCUGGAAUCUGAAUGAUAUGAAUGAGAAAGAAGUGAUUGAUUUGAUUAACACAUUAGAGGAAGAGCUCGACCACAAAGCGGCCGAUUGUCCGCAAUUGAUGGCCACUUCUUUGAGAGAGAAUUUUGAUAAACAAUUGCUUUUAUUUAAUGAUGCGAUCGAAGAGUUGGAAAAGACAUUCAAUAAUAGUCUCCAAGAGAUUGGCGUCAAAUCAACUGAAGAAAGGUACUACAGUCAGAGCGCGUUAUGCGUCAAGUUUUCAUACCCUCACAGAGCACUUCCAACACUUCCAGCGAUGGCCUACUCUUCGUAUUACGGGGGGAAUCGACGCGACAACAACACUGAGUCGGGAAUGUAUGCCAGAGACGGGUCACCCCCUCGGCAGCAGUCAUACGGUGGCCGGCGAUCACCACAAAUGGGUCGCAUCCCGAAGAUCAACCCGACCUCUUCGUUGGACGACUUGAGGUCAGAGUUCAAUCGCAUCACUGAUGACACGCCGCUGAAGGUGGAGGACAUGACGUGGGAGAAGAUGGGCACUAAAGUGCAGGACAUCCUCGAGAAGAGAACCAACGAUCCCAACAAUGAGGGCGAACAGGUAUUUCCGGCGCCGAUGCGGAAGAGGAACAGAGAUAAGAGAGAUAUGCCGUUGAUUAUUAACGGAAACAUAGUUCCGCGCAAAGACGCGCUUCUCAUUGAUCUGGUAUUGAACAACAAGUCCACUCUUGACGCGCAACUCACUCUCACUAAACACCCAGUCGUUGGACUCGAGUAUAUGAUUGAGUACAUCGAUCCCGAGGGUAUGUCGCCCCGGAUCUACUACUGCCGGCUCUGCAAACAGUUCAAUACUUGCGCUUCGGUUAUGGAACACGUGACCGGUUAUAACCAUCGCGUCCGCUUCAUUGCGAACAAAUACCCAAAUCAGGCGAAGACUUAUCUGUUGCCGGACGGCCGUCGAGCCAAUCGUAACGUUGCGCUCAUGCGUAUGGCUCAGGGAAGAGCUCAAGAGUUGGAGCUCGUGUACGGCAGAGGAGACUUCGAGAUCAGACACGAGAAGGUGACCAUUCCUGAU